AUGCAGCAGCAGACGCCGCAAGACGAGGCAGACGCGGCAGAGGGUCGUGCCAGUUCUGACCCACAAUGCAAGAAGUGCUGCAUCAUCUUGAACUUCCUGAUGCUGCUGUUGCUUGUGGCAGCUGUCAGCGUGGAUGCUGCGGCGUUGCGGCCGCGUCGCGAUGUCUCACACCUGCCGCUGGAGUACUUGCCGCCUGUGGUGCUGCCGCCGCUGCCUAGUCGCGAUUACCUGCCGCCCGUGGAGCAGCAUGCCGCCAGCUUGCCGCACGUUGUGACGCCACCUCGUGAUUAUCUGCCACCUGUGGAGUCACUGCAGCUAAGCAAUGAGUACCUGCCGCCCGCAUCCCUCGAGCAGCUAAGCGAGUCAACAACCGAGGCAGCACCAGCCACAACAACUAGCACCACAGAGCUGCCUACAACAGAGGCUGUGCCCACCAACCCCACCACGGAGCAGCCGGCAGCUGUGGAAACCGAAGCACCUGUGGAGCCCGAAACGCACGAAGAUAUUGUGGAGCCUGCCGGCGUGCUGCACGCGGAUGGCUAUCAUUAUGCCGCGCCCGACAUCAUACCCGACCUGACGCCCACGGCUGCGCCCGUGGAGGCCUAUCUGCCGCCACUCGAUGACAAUGCCGUGGUGGCCGAGGAGCUGCCGGAGAGCGAGGAGUCCGCCGCUCUGCUGGACGAUGGCUAUCAUUAUCGCGCGAUCAGGCGGCUGCGCUUCUAA